GGGGAUUUGGAACACCAUUGAAUAAUCAGGAGAAGACAUCAGGUCUUGUAUAUAAGAGCAUCUUCACAAAGGGACAAGACAUAUUGGUAAACGCUUCAGAAAGGCACAAAACCCAAAAAGACAAUCCAUCAUGGCAACCAAAGGAGGAAAAUGCAACCCAUGUGCCCAAGUUCCACAAUAUAUACAAGACCCAUGUAAAGAACCUUGCCCUCCAGUUAAUCCUUGCCAGGUGCAAGGCCAAGCAGUAGGAGGAAUGGGAGGAAUCAGUGGACAAGUGUCACAAGGAGGGUAUGGUGGUACCGAAGGAAUCAGUGGACAAGUUUCACAAGGAGGAUAUGAUGGAGCCGGAGGAUACAGUGGACAAGUUUCACAAGGAGGAUAUGGUGGAGCCGGAGGAUACAGUGGACAAGUUUCACAAGGAGGGUAUGGUAGUACAGGAGGAUUCAGUGGACAAGUUCCACAAGGAGGGUAUGGUAGUACAGGAGGAUUCAGUGGACAAGUUCCACAAGGAGGGUAUGGUAGUACAGGAGGAUUCAGUGGACAAGUUCCACAAGAAUGUUAUGGAGUAGCAGGAGGAACUGGUGGACAAGUUUCACAAGGAGGAUAUGGAGGAGCCGGAGGAUUUGGUGAACAAGUUUCACAAGGAGGGUAUGGAGGAGCAGGAGGAUUGGGUGGGCAAGUUCCACAAGGAGGAUAUGGAGGAGCCGGAGGAUGUGGUGGAGUAAAGAAAUGAAUAUUUCAUACAGCAAACCCUUGCCAAGCAUAAAUCUCAAUACUGCUCACUUGAAAAUAAUCAUGUCAUUAUUGAAUCAUUAUGUUUAACUGUACAAAAAAUUAUCUAUUGCAUCUUCUUAAUGUUUGUUUGUCAAAUAAAUUAAUUAUCCGCU